ACAGACGUGGCCAGUCUGGAUAUGUCUUCUUUCAAAUAUCUUCCAAACAUGACAACUACUGCUUCUUUCGAAUAUUCUCCAAACAUGACAACUACUGCUCCUCUUCCACAUCCUACAAUCAUAAAUUCCAAUGUUAAUGAUUGGAUCUACAUACCAAUUUUGAUACUAGUUGGCCUUACUUUCAUCAUCGCUGCCACCAUCCUGUUGAAGAAAUGUAGGCGGGGACAUUGUGGAAGUUGCUGGGGAUCACGUGAUCCUGAAAGAACACCACUCCUGGAGGAAAAUGACAAUCUCCAGACAGCACAAGACUGGAGAAGGACUUGCAUUUACACAGAUAACGUCACUUUUGAUAAAAGAACAGCCCACCCCAACCUCUCCAUUUCUUGGGAUGAGAAGAGUGUGAACCAUGAAUCCCAACCUCAAAGACUUUUGCAAAAUCCAGAGAGGUUUGAUUUGACUGUCUGUGUGCUGGGCUCUGAAGGAUUCUCCUCUGGAAAGCACUACUGGGAGGUGGAUGUCGGGACAAGCACUGACUGGGACCUGGGAGUGGCCAGAAAAUCCAUACAGAGAAAAGGGAAACUUUCCUUCUCCACUGCAGAGGGAUUCUGGGUUAUGGGUUUGUGUGGGAGCAAUUACUGGGCAAAAACACAUCCAUGGACCCAAAUCAUGGUGCAGGAAAAGACCGAGAAAAUUGGAGUUUAUCUUAGUUUCCCAGAAAGGCAGGUGACCUUUUUCAAUGUAACCGAUAGGACUCCAUUGUUCACAUUUAAUGACUGUUCAUUCUCAGGAGAGGUUUAUCCAUUCUUUAAAAAUUCUGACAAAGAAACAAGAAUGAGAAUUUGUUCAUAAAUUUAAAAUGGCAGUGAUGCUCAGUUUUUGUUAGAGAAUGAGCAGGCUGACCCAAAGGCAGAUUGAGUAGACGGGCUUCUUUAUUGCAGUACUUGUUCCCCUCAACCCGAUUGUUGAGUAAGCACUGGAUUACUUACAGCACUAACUUAAAUAAAAAGUGUGUGUGUAAAUGCCUACGUCCGCUACAAC